AUGAGUAAGGAAGCGGCACUGCCCAGUGGGACUGGAAUAGUGGGGGAGGCGACGGUGGAGGGGAAGAGGGAGGGGUCGCAGUCGAGGUGGAGGAAUGAUUCUGAGGCGGGGUGGGUGGUGCAGAAGUUUGGGGGCACCAGCGUGGGGAAGUUUGCGGUCAAUAUUGCGGAGGAUAUUGUGAGGGCGGGCUUGAAGGAGCAUAGGAUCGCGGUGGUUUGCUCGGCGAGGAGUACGGGGAAGAAGGUCGAGGGGACUACGAGUCGGUUAUUAGAGAUCUACGGCGUCCUGCAAGAAGUCAAUUCUGUCAAAGACACCGAGUCAGUACACUACGAAAGCCUUGUCAACGAGUACGAAAGAUUGGUCGGUGUCAUCUGCGCAGACCAUGUCAAUGCAGCGAAAACAGAUAUUCGAGAUGAAAAUAUACGGGCCGAGCUCAUAAAAGAGACGGAAGGUGAAUGCAGAGAGAUUAUAGACUAUAGAAUUGCCGCUGAAAGGUGGCAUUUGGAGAUCGACGGCAGGAGUAAGGAUCGAAUCGUUAGCUUUGGGGAGAAACUGAGCAGUCGUUUCGUCACCGCGCUGUUGCAGGAUAGAGGAGUCGAGGCCGAAUACGUCGAUCUUUCCGAUGUUGUACAUUUCAAGACCUCGAAAGGGCUGGACUUGGCAUUUUAUAUGGAGAUGGCCGCUGCUCUCCGAGAAAAGGUCAAGGCUUGCGAGGAAAGGGUACCCGUUAUCACAGGUUACUUUGGCACUGUGCCUGGCGGAUUGAUGGAUGGUGAAAUUGGGAGAGGAUACACAGAUCUCUGCGCGUCUCUGGUCGCAGUUGGGAUCAAAGCAGAUGAGCUACAAGUUUGGAAAGAAGUGGAUGGUAUCUUCACCGCCGAUCCAACGAAAGUUCCCACCGCACGACUCCUUCCAACAAUCACUCCUUCAGAAGCAGCCGAGUUGACAUUCUACGGCUCCGAAGUCAUCCACCACCUCACUAUGGACCAAGUCAUCCGUGCCACACCGCCCAUCCAGAUCAGAAUCAAGAACGUCAAGAAUUCUCGUGGAAACGGUACAAUCGUACUCCCAGACGCAAAGCUCACCUCGACACAGCUAUCCCAUAACAGAAGCUUUAGUGCCUUAUCACUAUCAGCUAGGAAAACACCAAAGAGACCGACAGCCGUCACCAUCAAGGAUAAAAUCUCUGUCAUCAACGUCCAUUCCAAUAAACGCUCCAUCUCUCACGGUUUCUUCGCAAAAGUAUUCUCCAUCCUAAACAAGCGGCAGUUAUCAGUGGAUCUGAUCUCGACCUCCGAAGUCCACGUAUCUAUGGCCAUCCACUCAGCAAACAUCUCAGACGAAGAUCUACAAAAGACAAAAGAGCAACUAGAAGAGUGUGGCGAGGUCAGUAUACUGAAUCAGAUGGCCAUCUUAAGUUUGGUCGGCGCGGAUAUGAAGAACAUGAUUGGCAUUGCGGGUCGCAUGUUCAGUACAUUAGGGGAAAAUAAUGUCAAUAUUGAGAUGAUAUCACAAGGAGCGAGUGAAAUCAAUAUAUCCUGCGUUAUAGAUGCAUAUGAGGCCACGAGGGCCAUGAAUAUAUUGCAUACAAAUCUUUUCACAUUCCUCGAAUAG